GGGUAGGGACGGAUGCGUUGGCCUCGAAGGCAAGGCUGCUGAGAGAGACACUCUCAAAGAGUGAAAUGUUUACAGGGAGUAUGAUCGAGGUACUGACGACAUUCGAUCAGAGGCUGUCGGGACUGGAGGCCGUGAUGAGGCCAACGCAGAUACGAACUCUGGCGUUUCGGAGAGCUUUCCGUAAUAUUGAUCAGACUCUUACGUCGGCAGAUUCCAUCCUUGGCAAAUUUGAUAUUUGUCGCCAGGUUGAACCCAAGAUUCUGGCAGGAUCUCUCGAUGACAAAGAGGGCUUUUUCUGGGCAGUCGAUCAGCUGCAGGAUGUGAUCCAGUUCUUUAGUCAGAGGAAAAACUUCAAGAGCAGUGAAUCAGCUCUUCAUCAUGCAAGAAGCCUUUUAAGCAAGGCCGUGGGAAAAAUGGAGGAUGAAUUUCGAUCCCUUUUCAACACUCACAGCAAGAUUCCGGAAGCAGACAAGCUGCUUUCUGCGCUACCAGAGCCGACGCACAGAGCGAGUUCUUCAUGUGCGGAUGUCAUGACAGAGAGCCAGAACAAAGCAGCACACACGCAUGGUUCACAAGGAGCAGAGAAGCAGAUCAAUCCUCCUGUGCUUGUCACUGCAUCAGUUGUACCUCAGUUGAAUGCAUUAGUGCAGAAAAUGGCUUCCGCUGGCUAUUCUCAACAAAUAGUCAAAGUUUACAGGGAUAUACGUAGCGCGGCGUUCGACCAGGCCUUAAGAAAGCUCGGCGCAGACAAAUUGAGCAAAGAAGAUGUUCUUAGAUUACCUGUGGAAGCUUUGGAGCCAAAAGUAUGCAGCUGGAUGCAAUGCGUGAAAGUUGUGGUGAAGAUGCUCUUCGUAGCCGAGCAAAGGCUCUGCAUGCAAGUUUUCCACGCAGUCGACAUGCCGAAAGAAAAAAUUCUCAGAGAAGUGGUAGAGCCUUCUAUGCCAAUGCUCCUGACCUUCGGAGAGUCGGUGACGAAAUGCAAGAGAGUCGUGGACAGUCUGUUCCUGUUGUUGGAAAUGUAUGAGACUAUUCAAGAGCUCUUUCCGGAGAUCUGCGGCAUGUUUAGAGGUGAGAUGAGUGUGGGCGUGCCCAACGCAUUUCUCACCUUGCGGAAACGAGUCGGCCAGGCGGCCAAGGAGACAUUCAACGAGUUUGAAGAUGCUGUGGAGAAAGACAACAAGCCUGUUGCAAGCAUGGAUGGUACAGUUCACCAAUACACAAGCUGGGUGAUCAACUACAUCAAGCUGCUACUGGAUUACCAGGACACGCUUAAAGAUCUAUUUGGAGACGGAGAUCCGUCUAAGGCAACAUACCUAGGGGAGGCGACGUCACGGAUUAUGACAGCAUUGCAGGCGAACUUGGAUGCAAAAUCGAAGCAUUUCAAGGACCCUGCACUUACACAUAUAUUCCUUAUGAACAAUAUUCAUUACAUUGUUGUGUCCGUCCGCAGGUCGGAUGCCAAGGAGCUCCUAGGAGAUGAUUGGGUGCAGAGGCUUCGGAGGAUUGUACAGAGGCAUCAAGCGACCUAUCAGAGAACUGCAUGGACAAAGGUGCUGAGCUAUCUGAGUGGAAUAACAAGUGAAAGUCAGGGCAACGUGUCCCGGAGCAUGUUGAAGGAGAGGUUUAAAAAUUUCAACUCUACAUUUGAGUUAUUGCACGCCACUCAAUCGCAAUGGAUAAUCCCUGAUGGCGAAUUACGAGAAGCUGUGCGGCUGGCCAUAGCUGAGAUCCUGGUUCCCGCAUACCGCUCAUUUCUGAAACGAUAUGGGGUUUCCUUGCAGAAUGGAAAGAAUCCUCACAAAUACAUCAAGUACUACCCAGAGACGCUAGAGCAAAUGCUCGGCGACUUGUUCGAAGGCAAGGCUAAAGAUUACAGUCAGCCCACACGGCGAUAAAACUACCCAGAGACGCUAGAGCGAAUGCUCGGCGACUUGUUUUGGAAGGCAAGGCAAAAGAUUACAGUAAACCCACACGGCGAUAAAACUAUCUUCCUGAACUCUCUACAGGGAAGGACGAUGUCGGUGCCAAAAUGGUGAUUUUAUUUUUCUAUGCAGGAUUUUCGAAUGGGGCGUCUUUUGUGAAACCAGCCGGAGAAGGACAAGGCAAGCACCUGAGGAAAAUGUCUUCUGGUGAGUGGGACCAGAAGUCAAGCUUCGGUCGAACGGCAGGGGAGAAAACAAGGAACCGAAGGGGAGAGAGAGAGAGAGAGAGAGAGAGAGAGAGAGAGAGAGAGAGAGAGGAGAGGAGAGGAGGUACUUGGCACAGCAUCGCUGGGUGAAUGCAGCAGCAGACGGGUUAGUGUUACUUCGUAGUGAUCUCAACAUUUGUUCUCAAUGUACGCACUUUGCCGUUGUGGACGAAAGGAGAGCUUGUCUUAUAGCUCCUCCGGCCUCCGGCCAUGGGCGACAAUUUUACGGACUGUGAAGCGGCUGGAACCUUGUGGCCAAGCUGCGCGUCGUUUUUCGUUAUAGAGGUGGUGGGUAUCGGGUCGAAGGUGCCACACUUGUGGUGGUCCAAAUCGUACAGCGCCGCCUGCCCGCAAGUCGCAUCACCAUGGUUGGUAGGUAUAUUUCCUGAUGCCAGAUUCUGUUUUCGGUCAGAAAACGGCAAACAUUCAUUUUGUUGAAUUUUGUUGAUUUUUUUUACUUUUUUUUUUUGAAUUUUUUUGUAUUUGAAUUGUUUUUGUUUUUGAAUUUUUUUAUUGAAUUUUGUUCAUGUUCAUAUGCAAAUUCGAAUGUCGAUCGACUAGACUACGUUCAACGAAUCUCUUUACUCCUGCCUAUUUUUUUUUGAUUCCUCGGUUCUCGCCCUCACCGCUCCUGGAGAGGAGGUUACCCUCCAUGAUACCGCUGAUAACUGAGGGUGUAGUUAGACUUAGGAGCUUUUUUUGCUCAGCUCUGACCGUAAUUGCAUCCAGGUACAUCCAUGGUGAGGGUCAUGAUUGCGCCCAGGUACGUCCAGGAAAGUGCUAGUGCGAGUACCCCUCCGAAAAUGGUGGAGCUGAGCGCAUAACUUACGCUGGGAGCUUUCUUACUCGACUCUGACUGUAAUUGCAUCCAGAUACAUCCAUGGCAGGCCAGAAUUACGCCCAGGUACGUCCAGGAAAGUGCUAGUGAGAGUGCCCUCUGAAAAUGGCAGAGCGGACGAACCCCUGGAAACCCGGCCCAUGUGGCUGUUAUGCCACACACCUCGCCGGGAGCCCUAAUUGAUUUGGCGAACAGAUCACGACGAGGGUUUGAUGAGCAGAUCAGGAGUUUGAAUCCAGAUGGUAUCGUAUGGCUACAAUAAUGUUAGGGGGUACCCCCUCAGAAAAAAAAAGGGGAAGAGAAAUUUGACGAUAGAAUGAAGGAAGCUUGGCUUU